CCGCCGCGUCAAGAACCGGCGAAACUGAAAGUGGGAGGAGUCAAGCGAAGAGAUGAGAAUCGGCGGAGGGAGACUAACAUAAUGAGGCGCGCUCCGGUUCGCAUUUAUCGUGCUGUACAGUGCCGCUGCCUGACAUUUAGUUUCUGACUGAGCCUGACGGCAGUUGUGUUGAGUUUGAUAGUAGCGACUUCGGCAGCAAUUUCGUUGUUUUUUUCAUUCGUUCUGAUUUUUUGGGAACCGUUUUUUCAUGUUUACUACUUCCAUUUCUAACUAUUUCGUAGAAAUUAUACAUUAGCUGAUUAUCACUUCAAGGGAAGAUACAAACAAAUCUACAUAUAUGAACUUUUACAAAGAACUUUGGACAUUAUACUAAAAAAAAAAAAAAAAAUCAACCCGUUGAACGGAAAAAGUAGUAAACUUUUGUUUAUCAAGCCGCCUACUAUUGGUUUGAUGCAUUAAAUAGCAGAACGGUUGCCAAGUCAAAAAAAGAAGUUUUGGCGACAAGUUUACAAGCCUUUUUAACGUUUUAUUUCGUCGCUGAUUUCCGAAGCUGAGUUCGCUAGCGCUAUCAUAGCAUUUAUAUAAACUUAUACAAAACUUUAGGAACGUUUUUGAACGUUGUCUACAUAUAUUUUUAAGAAACAAUUUUCGUCUUUGGCGGAAGUGCAACAAAGGUUCAAGGUGAAGCAAUUACAACAAAAAGAUGUCUGCUCAAACAAAUGCUAAACAACGAAUCAGCAAGACGACUAUUGUGGUUCAAAUGAAUGGUAUGGACACGUCCCCAGUCUCAUCGCAGCAAAAUGGGAGUCUGCACAACUCCGUGCAGACCGGAACUUCGACAGAGGAUUCCAAAACCAACCUGAUAGUAAACUAUCUGCCUCAGACCAUGACUCAAGAAGAGAUCAGGUCUCUCUUUUCAUCCAUAGGAGAAGUGGAAUCCUGCAAAUUAAUCAGAGAUAAAGUCACAGGUCAAAGCCUGGGAUAUGGCUUCGUUAAUUAUGUGCGACCCGAGGAUGCAGAAAAGGCCAUUAAUACGUUGAAUGGGUUGAGACUCCAGAACAAAACUAUCAAGGUUUCCUAUGCUCGACCCAGCAGUGAAGCUAUAAAGGGAGCUAACCUCUACGUAAGCGGCCUCCCCAAGUCCAUGACGCAGCAGGAUUUAGAGGGGCUUUUUACCCCUUAUGGACGUAUCAUCACAUCUCGCAUCCUAUGCGACAACAUCACAGGUCUGACACAGCAAAACUCAUCAGGUCUUUCCAAAGGCGUUGGAUUCGUUCGUUUCGACCAGCGCAUUGAGGCUGAGCGGGCCAUUAAGCAUCUGCACAACACCAUUCCUGAAGGAGCCUCAGAACCAAUCACCGUUAAGUUUGCCAACAAUCCCAGCAACAAUGCCAAGGCGAUCACACCCCUUGCUGCCUAUCUCUCGCCACAGAGACGCUUCCCUGGGCCAAUCCAUCACCCGGCGAAUCGCUUCAGGUACAUACCCCUGUCGCCAGUCUCCAGCAGGUACUCUCCUUUGGCCGGCGACCUGUUGGCGAACCCGCUUCUUGCUGGAAACGCAAUGAAUGGCUCUGGCUGGUGCAUCUUCGUCUACAACUUGGCCCCGGAUACUGAAGAGAAUCUUCUGUGGCAACUAUUUGGCCCAUUUGGAGCUGUCCAGUCGGUAAAGGUGAUCCGAGAUCUCCAAACCAACAAAUGCAAAGGCUUUGGAUUCGUCACCAUGACGAAUUACGAUGAAGCUCUGGUGGCUAUUCAAAGUCUCAAUGGAUACACUCUGGGCAACAGAGUGCUGCAAGUAUCUUUCAAGACCAACAAGUGCAAGACAUAAGAGCCGCAACUUGUUCUCCCGACGUCAGUGAUCGUUUUUUCCCCCAUUGAUCGAUUUAAAAAAAAAACGAAGUUGAAUUUUUUUUUCUUUGUCGUUAUUGCGUUUUUCUUUCAAUGAAUGUACUAGAGGUGUAUGCUCUGAACUAUGAAAAUAAGAGAACUAAAGCUCAUACGACUGCAUAUCCUCUAAAAUCUCCGGCAAUGUGGGGAAAAAACUAUUAUGAAACAGGACAUUUUACAUCCUUUUCAUGCGGCAUCACCUAAAUUCAAAGCAAAAUGGUGACAAAUUUUGCCUGGUUGUAUUUCCAAUCCCAAAUUGUUGUCUAGUCAUUGCUUACAGAUGUUAAAUAAAGAUAUAAAACUUCAACAAAAUUGACAGGAAUAAGGAUUUUGUUUUCCUUAAUCAAAAUACUUUUUUGGUUCUCUAAAUUAAUGGACGUCUUGCGUUAUCACUCAGUUUAACACCAGAGAAGCUUUGACUAUGGGUGAUGCCCUGGAAACUAGUCAUGUCUCGAUUUAUAUACUUGUUAACUAUUUAGAAAUGAUUCCAAAAUUUUGCAAAUUUGAAUUUAAAAUUUGGAACAAAAAAAAAAUCGGAUGCCAUACCAAAGAAAUUUUGAGAUUGAUACGUUUCUGUCAGACGAGAGUAGAAUUCUAACUUUUAACAAUCUUAGAUGCGUUUUGAAACUUAAUUUUGGCAAGUCAAAUCUUUUGUUAGUGAUGUGUGUUGGCAGUGUCUGCAUACUUUACAUUUGAUGCCCAUUCCUCUUGUCCUGCUUAGGCCAUUAUCUACUUAAUUAUCUCGAGUGAGCCUGAAUGUUUGCGGUUCAGAAAAGCGCGUUUGGGCUGUUAAAAAAAGCAGAUAACUCUAGUCAGGUCACUUAGAUGCCACAUACUGUUUUAGGAGCAUUGACAUGUUAUGGCGAUAUACACACCAUUUUAACUUAAUUUUUAGUGUGUUAAUGUCCCGUUGAUAUAUACAUAUAUAUAGCAUAUAUACAUAGCACUAUUUAUUGAUAGAUUUGCCUACUUGUGGUUUAUUCUGCCAAAUCUGUUAGUUUAUUAGAGUACUGAAUAGGAUAUUUAUAGUUUCUUGGAAUAUAAUUGCUAUUUGCAAAGGUGUAUUUUUCUUUUUUUAAUAUUGUAUUUAUUUGCUUAGUUGUGCAAAAAAAUAUUUAUUUACUUUUUGCAAUGCGUAACCUAAGUUUAGUCACGCCUUUUGUAUGCACAAUUUUUUUGUUUUGCACUUUUCUUUAUGUGCUUUAAUUUUUUUGCCUUCUGUUUUUGAAUAAAUAAGUGUAAUUUUCUGCAUUGUCUGUCGGAUUUUAUUGCAUGGAACCUCUGAAUCAAUGUUAAUUUUAAAUGUCUGAAAAGCAAAGCUUUGUAACAUGCACAGCAGGUUAAUGUUAUCUCUAAUGUGGCACCUCGUAAAUACUAUGUGUUGGGGAAAUUUGCGGAGAAAUAUCUUGCAAAAUUCUGUCCCUCAGUGGUGGUGGGGAAACAAUUUUUGCUUGUGCGAACAUGAGCAUUGAUCAUUGCAUGUAUUUAUUUUGUGUUCAUAUUUAGCAUGUUUACUUAAAAGCAAAUCUUUAAUUUCUUGAGUUUUCUUUUGACUGGGGUUCAAGUUCUAUGUUGUACUUUUCUUUAGCAUCCGGUGAUUGUUUCUGGCUGUAACUAACUAGUCUUUUUCAUCUGUAGAAUUUGAAUGAUGUCAGAAUGAGUGGUGAAUUCUUUUCUCAGAUUUAUGCACGUAACUGAAUUUUCUAGUAUAAGGCUUCGAUGGCUAGAAUGGCAAGGUAAUUUGCAUCUCGUUUGAACUUGAGCCCUAGUUCACGAAUUCCUUGCAGUUGGACCAUAAGAAAACAUAUGCAUAUAUACGAAUCAAAAUUUGAACUUCUAAUAGCGCUGCAGCAAUGUCUUUCGUUCCACUUGAUGCUGUUUCAAAAAAAAAAAAAAAGUUUAAAGUCAAAGAGAAGCAUUGGCGAUUCAAAUUGAAAUUAUACGCCACUUUUGAGUCGUAACACGAAUACACUUCCACUAGAGAAGUCUAUUUUUAUAAAGUCCUAGACACCUUGUUGGUAGUGCAACUUUUAAACUUGAAAAUAAAAUACGCAUUUUAUUCCUAUAAAUGACAGGAAUAAAAAUGGUAAACAUAUGGUGAGAUUUAUCCAGGUUGUCAUGAGAAGUUGAGGAAUGCCAACCAUUAUAUGCCUCCACUCUAAGGAUCUUCCACGCUGGCCUGCCCUAUAUAUGUAUAUUGUCCACUUACGUGGAUAUAUAUUAGCUGAUAUGAGCGUGUUUUAAUACAAAAUAACAUACAAAUGAAGUGAUUUUUUUUGAAAAAAAAAUGCUAUUUCUUGAAGGUAAGCUAAAUGGAUGAAGUUUGUGGUCACAACUUUGUACAUAGAUAUAGCGGACGUAGUUUGAAGGUAGAAAAAAUUUUUGAUAAAAGGAGCUAACAUUACUUUCGAUGGUUUUAACAAAUUGUGUACGCAAGCACUACCUAUUGCUAUGGGUGAUAGUUAAUGGGUAUGUGUGCAUCAAACUGUUAGUAAACGGACUCGCUAUUGGUAGACCGUUGUUUAAAGUGAGCAAUUGACUAAAGCAAUACAAUAUACUUCGUUAGAAUUGAAUAAACUUUCCUGAAGAGUUGUAUACUUUUCUGUAGGCAAGCGAGCCAAUGAGGGCAAUUUUUUUGAGCCAACUAUCACUCAUCUUUGGAAUUAAUAAAUGGGAGGGGGGUAAACUUUCAUAAAUUCAUCUUUCCUGGUCAUUUUUAGCAAUAGGGAUGCCGCCAUCAAGCCACUCUCGCUGAAUACUGGUGCUGGUUUCUGUUCUGCAUGAAAUUAUAUGAACUGUAUUUUAUGGACGAAAAAUUUAUAGCUCAGAUUUCAUUAUUCUCACCAUACAUGGGUUUAAACUUCAGUCAGAAUUUUAGUAUGUUUCUAUACGGUCCCUAACAUGGAUUCCUUGCCAAAACACCAAGCACAACAUACCACAUUAAUAUGAACACAAGGUGACCAUCCUUUUUAAAAUCUCGGUCUUUAUUGUGAGUCCUUUUAAGAUGGUUCCUCCUUGCGAGGGCAUUGGCAAUUAAUGUGAAGUUAGUAAAUACUAUUUAAUGGUUUCAAAUUGUUGAAUGCGUAUAUUUGUUCAGAGAAGCAUAAGGUGGGCGUGAACUUCCAGAUUUUACUUGUUGAAUCAUGGUCACCUUUGCUCAAGUUGAUUCUGGUGCUUGCGUAUUCAUUUGCUACCAAGGUGCAAUACACGAAAUUUCAAGAAAACUAUCUGUUUACUGUGGCGUUAUAACAUUAACACUAAUCUGUUAUUGGAUGAAACAGUUUUAUACUUCAUUCUAAUAAAAUUGUUAAAUACUUAGAACACCCGAUACCUCAUCCCUCAACUGAAAGUUCAGACAAAAAAAGAACGAAUUCAUAUUUCUUAAACUUGCAAUUUUAUACGCAUUUUACAAGUUUUCUUUCAAUGCAAAUUUUCCAAAGUAGGACACGUAGACUUGUUUAUAAAUAAUUUCUAAAGCAAAGUGAGACUACCUCUACAAUUACCACACAUUUCUUAAAGCGAUGGUUGUAAAUAUCGCUGUUCCUUUUUCAAAUUGAGAUUUCGCAGUUCCUAGAAUAAUUUAAGAUUUCAUUUGUGGGAUUAGAUCGUUUAAAACCUAUCUUUAAGAUUAGCGAAUAUAACGCGACACUGUACAGGAAACUAUCCAAAACUGUAUGGACCAACUUGGCAAUCCAUUUGUGCUUUACAAAUCUUUCGAAGUUUAUUCAUAGUUCAGAAAUAAAUUGAACAAAAUUUUAAUUGCUGAGGGAUGAGGUACUGGGAAAAUGAUUUUAUCUUCCGAAUCUCGAAAAUCAGGUACAAAGGCGCCAAAUAUCUGCCUGCUUGCCUGAUUGUGUUUACCGUUUAAUAUUUGGUUCAAUUGUGACAAUUCUAUGAGCAUCGUUCUUGCUUUCUUUUAUAUAGAAAACAAAGCGUCCUAUUUGUGCGUCUGUUUCAUUUGUUAGGUAUAUACCUCAAUAUAUUACUCUCAAAAUAAAUCGAGGCGACGUUCAGUAGCAAGCGUAUCUUCAACCUUUUCGUUGUGGCAUUGAUGUAGUUUAAAAAGAACUGCACGUUAGUUUAUAUGGAAAAACAUGCACGGUAACUUUCAAUGUAUGUGGGGGGGGGGGUGAUGAUUGUGCACGAACCACAAUUGUCUGAAACAUUAUACAAAUUGCAUUUAAGACUUCGUAUUCGGUUGAAAGUUUUUGCUCUGCGCCCGUUGACAAUGAAUGGUGCAGCAGUCUAAAUUUUGCAUUUAUGAGAAUCAGCACUUCAAUCUUAUUUGGGAUUUUAAUCGGAGGCAGAAAGGCAAUUGGAAAAUCGGUACAUUUUCAGUGUUUGUAAGCGAAACGCUAUUAUGAGUUAAUCCCUCAAAAGAAAAAUGUUGAAAACGACUGUUCCCAUUCUCUAUACCUUUCACUCGCUAGAGACAAGCUAUCAUUCAUGCUUAAGUACAAUUCACAUUAAUAACAUGCUAUUGGCUCGUGACAAUUUUAUAACAACGUAGCUUGUGUAAAUGCUAUAUUUUUGCAAAUCACGUGCAUUUAAAACGACGUCCCCCCAAAAAAACAAACCGGUGGCUGUUCAACCUUUGUCAUAAGAAUCGUUGGGUCUCUCGAGUUGAGCACAGUAGUCAACUCGUGACGGAAUAAAACCGACUAGGCGAAAAUGUGUCGUGGUUGUAUUGCUAACUUGUAGAUUUAGGUAAACACUGAAUGCGAUGCUAUUAAUUUGUUUGAUUGGACUGACUUGUAUUUUUCUCUUAUGAAUAUGAAUCUCACCUUUGUCUUAGUGCUGUUUGAUGUAACUAUUCUCCAUAUAUUUUCACUUGUAUUGCCGGCCAUUCUAGUUAAUACUGAUAAUCGGCUUGAUAUUUUUCAACAUAAUUGAAUAUUGUACUUCACUUUUUCUCUCUUCUCUCUUUAUAUACUAUAUAUAUCCAUGAUCUGUUAAACGAUGGUAUCAUUACCAAUUUAAUACUCAUGUAUGUGUAUAACUAUGCAUUCCGACAGUGUUAUUUAUUAAAUAUGUUGCUGCUGAGACCCUUUUAUCCAAGUAGAACUUACGAAUUCCCAAUACUUUUGAAUAUGGUAGAAAAUCCUCCCCCUGGUAAACAACUGACUGUAAUUUCUCGUGAGGUUUUGGUCGACAUAUAGACAUUCAACAUUGAGUAGCCUCUUUGAACGUCAUUAGGAUAGUUUUGUGCUGUUUAUCGUGUUUGCUUUUCUUCGUGUAGAUGUUCAGUUGUUGCGAAAAAAAAGUAUUUAAGCUAAGUGUAGGAGUUAUUUACGUAAACUAGGUCAUUUUUUGCUCGUGUAUAAUGUUUGCUAUUUAUAAGGAAAUAUUGAUUAUAAAUUAUUGCUAUUUAAUUCCGAGGUUGACUUUUUUCAUUGAAGAAAAUCUCGGUGAAGAUUUAUGGAUGAAAGUUAUUGUAUAUCUUAUUGUAUUGCGUACUUAAUGAAUUAUUGUUCUCUAAUUAAUUUAUUGCGAGGAAACGAAGUGAUUAAAGAAGUUAUAUUCUAGUCAUUUUUUCAGUGACCUCUCUUUUAUUACGUCGUGAUGUAUCCCUUCGCUACGUAAAAAAAAUAAUAAAAUAAUCUCGGAAACAAUUUUGAAGGAUUUUCAAUAACAAGUUGACCAAAAUAGCACUACUCCUUUUUUUGGCCUGUUCAAAAGUUUGAAAAUGAACCAGUAUUUUUCGGAUCUUAUUGUAUUUUAAUUUUGAUAACAGCUGUGACUUAAGACGAUGAAAUAAAAUUUACUUUAUACUCUGGAAUUCAAAAAUCAUUCAGAAAGACCAAAAAAAAUGCUCAUUGAUUUCACCUUAAUCUUUAAAUCUAAUAAAACGAAUUCUUUGUUUGCUUAAACAUAGUUAAAUAUUUUGUUAGCGUCAUUGAGUGUAACUAACAAUGAGUCGAGCAAACUCGAAUUGAUUUAACACAUGUUUGAGUUAAUCAAAAGUAAGAUUUUUUUUUUUACACAUCUAGAGAAAAAUGUUAACGAAAACUUGAAAUUCCAUGAGGUAAACAGAGAUUCGUUUCUUUGUGUUUUACAGUAUAUUUAUCUAUCCGAAUCAAUAUUCUAUCAAUGUGUACAUUUAUAAAAAAAUGCACAUAUUAUAUUUUAUAUUAAAACGUUCUAUCAAACAUUCCAUUGUUAUACAUGGUUUUCUAGUCAUAAAAUAUUUGCACUAAAAUUCUGUAUAUCUAAGAGUUUUAUGUUAUAAAAUAUAUCAAAAAGUACGACUACUAUAUUUUGCGACAAUUUGAUGCAAGAAUUUUCCAAUUUCAAAUGCAGUAAAGAAAAGUUAAUUAUAAAAUGAAAAUAUACUGAAAAAUAAAACUGUGAUAAAAAUUUUAUCGUCUGAUUUUCUUCUCAACGUUCAAAUUUUUACAAAUAAAAAAAAAAUGCCAGUCGCAUUGAAACAUUCCAUUUUCGAUCAUUCCAAUUAUGGAUUUUUUUAGUCAAUGAAGUUUUUAAAAUCCAUCUGAUGCCGAAAAAUACUGGCCAGUUACAUAACCUUUCAGAAUGCUAGAACAAUUCUGUCCCCUGUUCAUCGUCUUAGGGACUUUUUCGAACAUUUGUGUGGUCGUAGCUUGUUCAUUGCGUAACCUGUUAUUUAUGCAGUUACUACAUAUGUAUUACUGUUACCUCCGCAAUUUAACUGGAAUGGCCUCUAUUAUUUUUGGUCACAAUUUGCUGCUUUUACAGGUUCUCUAAGCAAAACAGAAAUUGAAACUGUCGUGCGAUGGUGUGGUUCCUUGGCAAAAAAAAAAAAAAAAGUAAUAGAUGGUGGUUAGGCAAAAUUCGUUAAGAUAAAAUAAAAGGAAGAAUUAAUCUGGUCUUUGACAAAUGAAGAGCAUCAGUAAUACUUGAGAAUGCUAAUUAUUUCUGCUGCAAACUAUUUGCAUAAAGCUAGCCGAAAUAAAAUCAAAAAAUGUAAUAAAUUUCAGCAAUUAUUUUUUAAAAAAAAAGGCCAGUCUUAGAAACUGUUGCUAUUUAUGAGUUUGAUUUGCGCCGCAUUUUUAUUCCGUCAAAUUUGUUGAGCAAUUAUUAAUUUAUCACGUGAUAUAGGACAGUCCUACCAUCGUGCGACGGUCUGAGGGAAUGACAAAAGCGAGUAUCCAUUUUUCAGCUUGAACACGUCUCACGGAGUACUAAAUACGAAUUUCGGCCAACGUAUUAAAAUCUAAAAAUAUCGCUAGUCUUUCUUUUAUACAAAUAUAUAUACAUAAGUUGAAUUUGCUAGUCUGGUCUUGUCUCUGUAAAAACCAUAUAUCUGUAUAUAUAUGUUUAACAGAGAACAAAACAGGAAAAAAGCUUUAAAAAAAUUUUCAAUUCGAAGGGGUUGCAUGAGAAUUCUAUAUAUAUAUUAUAAUGAAAUAUAUAUAUAUACAUAUAUAUACAUACUACUUUUGACUUUGUAAAAAUGACCUCGGCGGUCGAGUUGUUUCUUGGCGUAGUUUGAUUGUACUGCAAUAUUUGUACUUUUCCAUGUUGAAACUUAAUAAAUUUCCACCAUCCUAU